UGCUAUUUCAAAAAACUGAAGCAGCACCAAAGAGGAAGAGAAAUGUGAAACCAGGACAUGUGCAGUACAGGUGCACAUUAAUAAGUUUCUUGAACACAAUUAAAGAUAACAAGAAGAAUCUCAGUGCAAGAACAUUAGAUUUGCUCAGGCAGUCACCAUUUGGAAAUAUUGUCGAUGCAUUCCAUGGUGGCUACAUAGAGGAGAAGUCAGCCAAGAAAUCUGAUGAUUUCAUUACACUCCUCCUGCAGGCCUACGACCAUGAAACUGACCUCUUCUUCUUUGGAAAGAAGAAAUUCAGGAUCUCGACAAGAGAUAUUUCAAAGAUCCUAGGAAUGCCAGAAAAAGGUGACUUGGUCCCAAAGACUUCUGAGGGUGCAUAUCAGUCCGACUUUGUCCAGCAGUUUUUUUCAAACACAGCGAGAAUUAACAAGAAAGCCGUGGAGAAAGCUCUGCAAGAUGCGCUGAAAGACAAUCCAACAACAGAGGAUGGGAUUGAGAAGAAGGACAAAAAUGUGGCAAGAUUAAUCUUGCUGGACUUGUCCAUCAAGUUUCUGUUCCCAAACGCAGGAGGAACAAUUUCAUGGGACUACGUCAAAGCCUGCGAAAAUUUGGAUAAGAUCGGAUCUUAUGACUGGGCAAGGGAAGUUGGAAGCUUCUUAAAAAAGUCUAUAAAGACUUUGAAAAAGAAAAAGGAGUCAAGCAGCCCAUAUGGUAAUACGGGGGGCUGCGUUCUGAUAAUACUGUACUGGUUCUGUCAAAAGACUGGAAAAAUCAACCCAAUAUCUGGAAGGGAGAACGAAGAUCAUGGGAUGAGAAAAUGGGACAUCCAGAAGCUGAUACAGAAUUGGACAAGUUUUAACAGCUUGAAAAAACUAGAGAAAAUCUUUGAAAACCUGAAGGAGGAUAGAGAGGAAUCAGAAUCCGAGGAAGAGGAGAAUAGAUCAGAUGAAGCAAAGACAGUUCCGGAAAGAGAGGAAAAAGGAACUGAUGAUCAGAAUUGUGAAAACAAAGAAGAUAACCUACAAGUUGAGGUGGCUGAACAGGAAACAACUUCAGAAAAAAAACAAGUGGGAGAAAGAGCUUCAGAAAAAGGAGGAGGAGAUAAGAUAUAUCACUGUGGAGAAAGAUAAUUUGAAGACAAAACUGAACGAAAAGGAACAGGAACUAAGGAAAAUCACGGAGGA